GAAGAGGAGGAGGAGGAGAGGGCAAGAGAGGAAGGGGAAAAAAACACCAACCCGGGCAGAGGAGGAGGUGCGGCGGCGGCGGCGGCGGCAGCGGCGCGGCAGCGGCUCGGACCCCCUCCCCCGGCUCCCCCCAUCAGUGCAGCUCUCCGGGCGAUGCCAGAAUAGAUGCCGGGGCAAUGUCCCGCCGCAAACAGGGCAACCCGCAGCACUUGUCUCAGAGGGAGCUCAUCACGCCAGAGGCUGACCAUGUGGAGGCCGCCAUCCUCGAGGAAGACGAGGGCCUGGAGAUAGAGGAGCCGAGUGGCCUGGGGCUGAUGGUGGGUGGCCCCGACCCUGACCUGCUCACCUGUGGCCAGUGUCAGAUGAACUUCCCCCUGGGGGACAUCCUGGUUUUUAUAGAGCACAAGAGGAAGCAGUGUGGUGGCAGCUUGAGUGCCUGCUAUGACAAAGGUCUGGACAAAAGCAGCCCGCCGCCCUCCUCACGCUCCGAGCUCAGGAAAGUGUCCGAGCCGGUGGAGAUCGGGAUCCAGGUCACCCCUGAUGAAGAUGACCACCUGCUCUCACCCACAAAAGGCAUCUGCCCCAAGCAGGAGAACAUUGCAGGUAAAGAUGAGCCUUCCAGCUACAUUUGCACAACAUGCAAGCAGCCCUUCAACAGCGCGUGGUUCCUGCUGCAGCACGCGCAGAACACGCAUGGCUUCCGCAUCUACCUGGAGCCCGGGCCGGCCAGCAGCUCGCUCACACCGCGGCUCACCAUCCCGCCGCCACUCGGGCCUGAGGCCGUGGCGCAGUCCCCGCUCAUGAAUUUCCUGGGCGACAGCAACCCCUUCAACCUGCUGCGCAUGACGGGCCCCAUCCUACGCGACCACCCGGGCUUCGGCGAGGGCCGCCUGCCUGGUACGCCGCCACUCUUCAGCCCACCGCCACGCCACCACCUGGACCCGCACCGCCUCAGUGCGGAGGAGAUGGGGCUCGUCGCCCAGCACCCCAGUGCCUUUGACCGAGUCAUGCGCCUGAAUCCCAUGGCCAUCGACUCUCCCGCCAUGGACUUCUCGCGGCGGCUCCGCGAGCUGGCGGGCAAUAGCUCCACACCGCCGCCCGUGUCGCCGGGCCGCGGCAACCCUAUGCACCGGCUCCUGAACCCCUUCCAGCCCAGCCCCAAGUCCCCGUUCCUGAGCACGCCACCGCUGCCGCCCAUGCCUCCCGGUGGCACGCCACCACCGCAGCCGCCGGCCAAGAGCAAGUCGUGUGAGUUCUGCGGCAAGACCUUCAAGUUCCAGAGCAAUCUCAUCGUGCACCGGCGCAGCCACACGGGCGAGAAGCCCUACAAGUGCCAGCUGUGCGACCAUGCGUGCUCGCAGGCGAGCAAGCUCAAGCGCCACAUGAAGACACACAUGCACAAGGCCGGCUCCCUGGCCGGCCGCUCUGAUGACGGGCUCUCGGCUGCCAGCUCCCCGGAGCCUGGCACCAGCGAGCUGACCGGCGAGGGCCUCAAGGCAGCUGACGGCGACUUCCGCCACCACGAGAGCGACCCGUCGCUGGGCCACGAGCCCGAGGAGGAGGACGAGGAGGAGGAGGAGGAGGAGGAGGAGCUGCUACUUGAGAAUGAGAGCCGACCCGAGUCGAGCUUUAGCAUGGACUCGGAGCUGAGCCGCAACCGCGAGAACGGUGGCGGCGGGGUGCCGGGGGUGCCCGGAGCUGGGGGCGGCGUGGGCGGUGCUGCCAAGGCUCUGGCUGAUGAGAAGGCCCUUGUGCUGGGCAAGGUCAUGGAGAACGUGGGCCUGGGCGCGCUGCCUCAGUACGGCGACCUGCUGGCUGACAAGCAGAAGCGCGGCGCCUUCCUGAAGCGCGGGGCGGGCGGCGGUGAUGCUGGCGACGACGACGACGCAGGAGGCUGUGGCGACACAGGUACGGGUGGCGCAGUAAACGGGCGCGGCGGUGGCUUCGCGCCAGGCGCCGAGCCCUUCCCAGGUCUCUUCCCGCGCAAGCCGGCGCCGCUACCCAGCCCUGGGCUCAACAGCGCGGCCAAGCGCAUCAAGGUGGAGAAGGACCUGGAGCUGCCGCCCGCUGCGCUCAUCCCAUCCGAGAACGUGUAUUCACAGUGGCUCGUGGGCUACGCGGCGUCACGGCACUUCAUGAAGGACCCCUUCCUGGGCUUCACGGACGCGCGCCAGUCGCCCUUCGCCACAUCGUCCGAGCACUCAUCCGAGAACGGCAGCCUGCGCUUCUCCACACCGCCUGGUGACCUGCUGGACGGCGGUCUGUCGGGCCGCAGCGGUACGGCCAGCGGGGGCAGCACGCCGCACCUGGGUGGCCCGGGCCCGGGGCGGCCCAGCUCCAAGGAGGGUCGCCGCAGCGACACGUGUGAGUACUGCGGCAAGGUGUUCAAGAACUGCAGCAACCUGACGGUGCACCGGCGGAGCCACACCGGCGAGCGGCCUUACAAGUGCGAGCUGUGCAACUACGCGUGCGCGCAGAGCAGCAAGCUCACGCGCCACAUGAAGACGCACGGGCAGAUCGGCAAGGAGGUGUACCGCUGCGACAUCUGCCAGAUGCCCUUCAGCGUCUACAGCACCCUGGAGAAACACAUGAAAAAGUGGCAUGGCGAGCACUUGCUGACUAACGAUGUCAAAAUCGAGCAGGCCGAGAGGAGCUAAGCGUGCGGGCUGGGCACCCACAUCUGUACAGUGGAACCGUUGCCAACCGAGAGAAUGCUGACCUGACUUGCCUCUGUGUCACCGCCACUUAGCACCCCGCGUGUCCCCGGGGCCCAGGGGAGGCGGCACUCCAACGUAACCUGUGUCUGCGAAGUCCUAUGGAAACCCGAGGGUUGAUUAAGGCAGUAAAAAUUGUGGAGCCUUUUAACUGUGCAAUAAUUUCUGUAUUUAUUGGGUUUUGUAAUUUUUUUGGCAUGUGCAGGUACUUUUUAUUAUUAUUCUUUCUGUUUAAAUUCCUUUAAAAGAUUUUGUUGGGUAUCCAUCCCUUCUUCAUUUUUUUAAAACCCAGUAGUAGCCUGAGCAAAUGACUGGCGAGCAAUGUAGAGGGGAAGCAUAUCUUCUUUUAAAUUAUAAUUUGGGGGAGGGUGGGGCGGGCGCUGCUUUUUUUGAAAUUUAAGCUAAGCAUGUGUAAUUUCUUGUGAAGAAGCCAACACUUAAACGACUUUUAAAGUUGUUUACUUUUUUAUUCCUACUUUUUUUUUGGUCCUGAAAUAAAAAGUGGCAUGCGGUUUUUUUUGUUUUGUUUUGUUCUGUUCUGUUUUGUUUUGGGGGUGGGGGAUUGGAUGUACAGCGAUAACAAUCUUUAAAGUUGUAGCACUUUGUUUCAGCAUUGGAGUGGAGAUGUAGCACUGAUGAUGUCCUGAGUCAUAGAGGCCUUUUCUGUGUUGAAUUCAUCUUUCAUAUUGCAUAAGGAAAACUUUUAGUGGUGAUGUUGGGGUGGGCACCCCACAAACUCAGUGCCACCAGAGAAACAGUUUUUGAGGGCUACUCUGGAAAAUGGCCCCAAAGCAUCCUGCAGUCGUGCAUUACCAGCAGAAAUUAUCAUUUUCUUGGAAUGUUGGUAUGCCCUGGGAUGCUGUCUUUGCUAUUUGCUGUAGAUUAGGCUGAAUAAAAUGGGCCGAGGUUACUGUUUUGGGUAGAUGGGGUGGCUUGCAGUGACACAGAAAGGAAGAAAGGAACAGUGUUCUCUCAGGCUUCUUCUGGCUUGGCAGCUUCUCUCUUUUUAUCACCCCUACCACAUAAAUCUCAAGUCCUAUGUUGCUACAAGUGGUAACUGAUCACUUCUUAAGCAGACAAAUGCCCUGAUGGUGAAUUGAGGAAGUUAGUGUUUUCUCACUGAUGCACACUGAUGACAUUGUAGGGAUGGGAGGAAUUUUGUGAAUUUCUGUUUCUUUUAUUGGAUGAGCAGGGAAAGAGUUCCAUUUGAAGGUGCCCAGCGCUACUUACUAAGUAAUUUUUUUUUCUAUCUCAUUAGGUUGGAAGGUUACUAAAUAUCAAACUGUUAAGAUUAGACAUUUGAAUUCUGUUAACCCGCACUUUAAAGCUUUUGUUUGCAUUUAAAUUAAAUGGCUUCUAAACAAGAAAUUGCAGCAUAUUCUUCUCUUUGGCCCAGAGGUGGGUUAAACUGUAAGGGACAGCUGAGAUUGAGUGUCAGUGUUGCUAAGCGUGGCAUUCACAAUACUGGCACUAUAAAGAACAAAAUAGUAAUUUAUAGGACAGUUUUUCUACUGCCAUUCAAUUUGAUGUGAGUGCCUUGAAAACUGAUCUUCCUAUUUGAGUCUCUUGAGACAAAUGCAAAACUUUUUGUUUUAAAAUGAAAAGACUUUUUAAAAAAGUAAAACAAGAAAAGUACAUUCUUUAGAAACUAACAAAGCCACAUUUACUUUAAGUAAAAAAGAAAAAAAAAUCCUGGUUGAAGAUAGAGGAUAUGAAAAUGCCAUAAGACCCAAUCAAAUGAAGAAAUAAACCCAGCACAACCUUGGACAUCCAUUAGCUGAAUUAUCCUCAGCCCCUUUUGUUUUUGGGACAACGCUGCUUAGAUAUGGAGUGGAGGUGAUUUACUGCUGAAUUAAAACUCAAGUGACACAAGUUACAAGUUGAUAUCGUUGAAUGAAAAACAAAACAAAAGCAAUUCAGGAACAACGGCUAAUUUUUUCUAAAGUUAAAUUUAGUGCACUCUGUCUUAAAAAUACGUUUACAGUAUUGGAUACAUACAAGGGUAAAAAAAAAUUGUGUGUAUGUGUGUUGGAGCGAUCAUUUUUUUUCAAAGUUUGCUUAAUAGGUUAUACAAAAAUGCCACAGUGGCUGCGUGUAUAUUGUUUUCUUUUGGUGACGGGGUUUUAGUAUAUAUUAUAUAUAUUAAAAUUUCUUGAUUACUGUAAAAGUGGACCAGUAUUUGUAAUAAUCGAGAAUGCCUGGGCAUUUUACAAAACAAGAAAAAAAAAAAAAACCCUUUUCUUUUCCUUGAAAAUGUUGCAGUAAAAUUUAAAUGGUGGGUCUAUAAAUUUGUUCUUGUCACAGUAACUGUAAAGUCGGAGUUUUAGUAAAUUUUUUUCUGCCUUGGGUGUUGAAUUUUUAUUUGAAAAAAAUGUAUAGAAACUUGUAUUUGGGGAUUAAAAGGGGAUUGCUACACCAUGUAGAAAAAGUAUGUAGAAAAAAAAAGUGCUUAAUAUUGUUAUUGCUUUGCAGAAAAAAAAAUCACAUUUCUGACCUGUACUUAUUUUUCUCUUCCCACUUCCCUCUGGAAUGGAUAUUAUUGGUUGGUUCAUAUGAUGUAGGCACUUGCUGUAUUUUUACUGGAGCUUGUAAUUUUUUAACUGUAAGCUUGUCCUUUUAAAGGGAUUUAAUGUACCUUUUUGUUAGUGAAUUUGGAAAUAAAAAGAAAAAAAAAAACAAAAACAAACAGGCUGCCAUAAUAUAUUUUUUUAAUUUGGCAGGAUAAAAUAUUGCAAAAAAAAAAAAUUUGUAUGUUAAGUCCUAUUGUACAGGAGAAAAAGGGUUGUUUGACAACCUUUGAGAAACAGAAACAAAAGAAAGUAGUUAAAUGCUUUGGUUCACAAAUCAUUUUAGUUGUAUAUAUUUUUGUCGGAAUUGGCCUACACAAAGAACCCUUCGCGUUGGGCUUCACUCUGAAUGCCCCAAACCUUGCAUCAAGGCUCCUUGGUGUGGCCACAGCAGACCGGAUGGGAAAUUCUUUAUUCAUGUUGAGUGGAAAAAAUGAGUUUUUGUAAAGAUGUCAGUCACAUUCCACAGAGUCCUCCCUUUCUGUAAGAGGCCAUCUGUAAGAUGUCCGAUGUAGUGAAGAGAGAGCAAGAGAGCAUCUUCCUUCUCUGCCAUCACUGUGGUGGCAGUCACCACCACCGCCACCCCUUCUCCUGCCCCUAAGAGCAGAAAGUAAUGUAAAGUGGGCUUCUUCAGUCCUUGAGAAAGAAAACAUUAAAGGAAUAAAAAUGUGAUAGAAGGAGCUGGUGAUACCAGCUCGGUACAGGCGAAGUGACCUGCCACUGAGAGCGGUGGAAAUUGGAUUUCAGGAAGGAGAGCCCAUCUGGACUAGGACCUUCUGUGCCAUGGAGAGUGUUGGCCUCUUGUUUUCUUCCCUGCUUUGCCGCUUUGCUCUCCAAAACCUACAUUCCGUCAGUUUUUGAAUGCGAGGGCCUGGGAUGAAUUUGGUGCCUUUCCAUAUCUUUUUCUCUCUCCUUUGCAUUUCCUCUCCAACUUCUAUCCUCUGUCCUUUAUUCAUUUUCUUAAAUUUUAAUUUCUUUUCUUUCUCCCUCUCUAUCCUUUCCCUUCCUCCCUUCUGUCUCUCUCUCUCUCUCUUUUUUUUUUGUAAAGCCAAGUAGCUUUAAGAUAAAGUGGUGGUUUUUUGGACAAGGGAAUAAUACAUUUUUUAAAAAAUACCUAUAUCAGGAAAGCCAUCUUUUUAUUUCAGGAAAUGUAAGAAACCAUUAUUUCAGGUUAUGAAAGUAUAACCAAGCAUCCUUUGGGGCAAUUCUUUACCAAACGCAGAAAUCUUUCUUCUGGGAGCUUUUCUGUUCCAUGUGAUCUUUCCUCCUUGCCACUUACCUUUGCAAAGUUAAAAUAAAGGGGGAGGGAAUGGGGAAUGGGAGAUAAAGCUGAGAUUUCAGUUUCCUACUGCUUGACCUAAAGACCCAGGGGCUGCCCUUCCUUUUGCAUGCCCUGUUAAGGUCCUCAAGAGCCUCCUGUAAUCAUAAAAGCUAGCCAGCGCUCACCAGCUUACACAAAGUCACCAGAAUGCCAGGACUAAGCCAUCCUAAAGCACAAGGAUUGUGUGUCUCUGUCACCUGCAGAGAACAGGGAAUUUUAUUUCUCUUUUGUGUUUAAAAAACCACCACCGAAGCAGAUGGCCCAGUGAGAGAGGCCUCUAGCAUGGGUGACCCAGCCGACCUCAGGCCGGUUUCCACACUGCCACAACUUUGUUCAAAGUUGCCCCAAAUUGGAACCCGCCACUUGCCAUGAGAGGGUCUUUCAUGAGGAGAAGAGGAGACUGAAUUACUCUAAGCAAAAUGUGAAACGUAAGGAAAUUAGCCUUUCAUCCCGGUCCUAAGUAACUGUCAGUUGAAGGUUUUGUUGAACACAGGCAAACCCGUGAUUUUGGUGCUCUUUGUAUCUUAGCCCUGCAAAGCAAAGUUACAUUGAUUUAAGUUGUUUGCAUUUGUACUGGCAAGGCGAAAUAUUUUUAUUACCUUUUCUAUUAUUGUAUGAGCUUUUGUUGUUUACUUGGAGGUUUUGUCUUUUACUACAAGUUUGGAACUAUUUAUUAUUGCUUGGUAUUUGUGCUCUGUUUAAGAAACAGGCACUUUUUUUUUUUAUUAUGGAUAAAAUGUUGAGAUGACAGGAGGUCAUUUCAAUAUGGCUUAGUAAAAUAUUUAUUGUUCCUUUUAUUCUCUGUACAAGAUUUUGGGCCUCUUUUUUUCCUUAAUGUCACAAUGUUGAGUUCCGCAUGUGUCUGCCAUUUCAUUUGUACGCUUGUUCAAAACCAAGUUUGUUCUGGUUUCAAGUUAUAAAAAUAAAUUGGACAUUUAACUUGAUCUCCAAA